AUGCCUCCGCCUCCAUCGUCCUACCGCCCUCGGAAGAAGAGAAAGUUCGUCUCCGCGUUCUCGGGUUCGAAUAGCGCUCUGAUUCUGGAGACCGAGAGCGGCAAAUCGUCUCCGGCGUUUCCCUUGGUAUCAUUUCUAUGGGCUGCUCGUGCGGGUGUCUCUCAAUGGCUGGUUCUCCCUCUCAUUCUGAUGACCGUCGGUCUCUUCCGAUGGGCCGUGAGUCUCUGGGGAUACUCUGGCUACCAGGUACCUCCUAUGCAUGGUGAUUUCGAGGCACAGAGACACUGGAUGGAAAUCACAAUCCACUUACCCGUGUUCAAAUGGUACACCUACGAUCUGCAGUACUGGGGACUGGAUUAUCCGCCAUUGACUGCCUACCAUAGCUGGCUGCUGGGGAAAGUUGGAUCCCUCUUUGACCCCGCGUGGUUCGCCCUGGACGACUCUCGUGGUUUCGAAGAUGAUCGGUUGAAAGUGUUCAUGCGCGCAACGGUGAUCAUUUCCGAAUACCUGAUCUAUAUCCCAGCAGUCGUCAAUUUUCUGCGUCGCUACGGUCGGAUGCACGGGGUCCCGACCUGGUCUGCCUCCAUUGCCUUGGUUGCCAUUCUGUUGCAGCCGGCUACCAUCCUCAUCGACCACGGGCACUUCCAAUACAACACGGUGAUGCUGGGACUCAUGGUGGCCAGUUUGGACGCAAUCAUGGCUGGUCGCAUGCUCUGGGCGUGCAUUUUCUUCGUGGGUGCUCUCGGAUUCAAGCAAAUGGCGCUCUACUACGCCCCGGUUAUGUUCGCCUUCCUCCUCGGUGUUUGUCUCUUCCCACGGAUUCGGCCUAUUCGCCUUUUCUGCAUCGCUAUCGUCACGCUUAUUGCAUUUGCCGCUCUGUUCGCGCCAUUGAUCAUGGGUGCGACUGGCCCUGACGGGAAGGACUACUUGACAUCGCUGCCGCACCCCCCUCAAUUGCAAGCACUUCCGUUCGAAGUUCCCAAGAGUUCGGUCUUGUAUGCCCCUCUGUUUCAGCUGGCCCAGGUCAUACACCGAGUGUUCCCCUUUGCCCGCGGUCUGUUCGAAGACAAGGUAGCCAAUGCGUGGUGCACUAUCCAUACAUUCUACAAGCUCCACCGCUUCGAAACGAGUCUGCUCCAGAAAGCGUCGCUCGGCGCGACGCUGGGCUCGAUCUUGGUACCGUGCGUGAUCAUAUUCCGCCACCCGCGUGCAUCGCUCCUCCUGCCGACUCUGUCCAGCGUAGCCUGGGGCUUUUUCCUGUUCUCUUUCCAGGUCCAUGAAAAGAGCGUUUUGCUUCCUCUCCUCCCAAUGACCCUGUUGCUGGCUGGAGAUGGGGGCCUGAAUAAAGACACUCGUGCCUGGGUGGGCUGGGCGAAUAUGCUUGGUUCCUGGACCAUGUACCCCCUUCUGAAGCGCGAUGGCCUCCAAGUGCCGUACUUUGUGAUGACUCUCCUCUGGGCCUUCCUGCUCGGUCUGCCGCCCACCUCGUUGGAGACAUACCGCAGCCGUUCUUCAUCGGAUGAUUCCGUGCAGGCUCCGGGCCCGCAUAUCCUUACAAAACUUCUACACACCUGUUUUUACCUCGUUAUGAUUGCUUGGCACGUGCUCGAAGCAUUCGUUCCUGCGCCAUCGGACAAGCCUGAUCUCUGGGUCGUGUUGAAUGUUCUGGUGGGAGCCAGUGGGUUUGGACUGGCAUAUUUGUGGUGCCUGUGGCGAUUGAUCACACAAUGCACCUUCAUUGUCCGCAAGACCGCGGAGGAGAGUCGGAAAAAGAAACAAUGA